AUGCAGGCUGAAAUGCGGAUAGACGCCUGUGAGAGCGGUGCCGACAGCGACCACGACCGCAAAGCCGACAGCGACCGCGACCGCAAAGCCGACAGCGACCGCGACCGCAAAGCCGACAGCGACCGCGAUGCCGACAGCGACAGCGACGCCAACGCCGACCACGACAGCGACAGCGACCGCGACGCCGACAGCGACCGCGACAGCGACGCCGAUUAA